GGAAGAUGAGAGGGAAGGAAGAAGGAAUAGCAGAAAGGAUGAGACAAGAAAAAGCAUGUGGGAGGUGUGAAUCCUCUAAGCGGCAGUGAGAGGAGGAGAGGUAUGAAGAAUAGGGGGCAGUUGGAGGUGUCCCAUGGGCAUGUUUGUCCUCUGGCCGUUCAGCCUGUGUGUCUCUGCUCUGCACACAGACGCUCUGGGAGGGAGAAGAAAGACCGUCUAAAAAUAAACUGACAAGCACCACCAGCAGAAAAACAAACUGACAAAUACAACAAGAGGACAAAGAGGAACUUCCCAUUGUUUCUGUCUCUUUCACCCUGUCUGAGACUUUCUCUCUCGCCACUCAGUUUCUGUGUCUGUGUCCUCAUUUUGGCUAGAGAGGAGGUCAUGUCCCAGUCUGGAAAAGUACUUCAUUUGUAUGUAGAGGUGAGGUCUGGCCCAGAUCAGGCAGGAGGGAAGGAAGGGAUUGCUCAGGGGCAUUCGGUUCAGGACAGUCCAGCUGAGCUCCUGUCUCAGCUAGCAAGCCAGACCUCCGUCACUAAGACCUCCACAGCUCAGCGUCUCCUUCAAGACUGCAAACAUAACCAGUCUCCUUAUAGAAACGUCCAGCUCCAGCAAGCCAGCAGCUCCCCUACAGUCUCCAAGCGUUGGAGUGCACCGUGUGAUGGAGCGUCUGCCUUUCACUCGCCACAAAUGAUGUCCUCUUCAGGAAAGGUUGACGCCCCUCACACUCCUCCCAACUGCCAGAGGUUCAACGAGGGGAAGGUCAGUGAUGGUACGCGCUCUGUGGUUACCUUUAGUUACAUUGAGAAGUCCAACGUGAACAGUCCAUGCAAAAGAGGUACUAUAGAGGAAAGAUCCACCCCUUCUCACUUUCGUAAAAGACUCAGCGACCCAAUUUGGUUUGGGAGUCCCAAUUCAUCGUGCAGCUCCAGUCCCAAGCAGACUUUCCGAUCUCCAGGAAGUCACCAGCAGACGUUCUCUCCUGGACUUCGCAAAUCAGCUUUGGAUCCCAUCGGCAGGGCAGCUACCCAGAGGGCUGUGGAGGAGUUCGGCUCCCCUCUGUUGAGGAUUAAGCUGGCCCAUGCACUUGAGCAGGCCGCAUCGUCACGCUAUAACCAACAGCCGCGCUGUCAGUCCUGGGCUGGGUCUCCUGUCCAGCGUCAGAACAUGGGUGUCCUCAAAGACCACUUCACGGAGAGGAGCCAGGCUGUUUGUGGGCUGCCUCGGAGCCCUGCGUCAGACCAGCUAUCCUCCAAGUCCAGGCAGUCAUCUAACGUGAAGCCUGAGUCUUUCGUUGAGUCCCAGAGCCCUCUUCACUGGUCUGCAGAGGACAGAACUGUAGUCCGAAGUCCAGCCACAAAAAGAAAUGUCCACCGGUCUUGCAACAGAAGCACUUCGCCACAGGCAGCAAUCCUCCAACUUGGCAAUAAUGUAGUUGAGGGCUUGAAUCAAUUAAGUGACAGUAAACCCUCCUCUCCGGCUCAUAGCCCUGAGGUAGCCCGGACGCUAGCAGAGGAGGCCACCAAAGUAUCUUCUAUUUUCACAGAGGCACGAAGGUCCUCAUUGCACAACGCUUUAGGAGAACCCGCUGGAGAACUUCAACAUUCAGCACCAAAUGCACAACUCAAACAAACGCUUAAGAUGAACAUCCCUUUAAAUGACCAACAAACGCCAGCAACUGACAACACAGACUCUCACCAGCCGGAAAACUCUCUCUCUCAAUCUAUCUUGCACUCGCACGAAACCAACUCCAGUACUAAUCAUCAAACACACCAGGAGGACUCCAUUCAGAAGUCCCACCCUCAGAGCUCGAUUUUAAGUUCCCCCGCCAUACCUUCGCGAGGACCCCAGGCUAUUCCAAGCAGAACUCCGAGCACCGGAUACCCCCACCCUACAUCGCCGGCAGCUCCCGAGGUACACCGGAGACUCCUGGUCCCCUAG